AUGCGCCGUUUAGGGCCAACCGUCCACAGUAGGGCGCCUGGUGUGGUCGAGAAUGAAGGUGCACUCCCGCGGGAUGGCGCCGGCAACGUCGAUAUCCCUUCGCUGGCGACGGAAGGGGUCCACGUUGGCGGCAGCGGGAAUGGGCGUGGGAAGCCGCAGGCAGAGGCAAAAUGCACCCAAGACAACGUGUACAACGUGCUGCGCGACGUGGGACUCAACCCGUGGGUUCAGCCUGGCACCGACUUCGCUGCGCUCAUCGACCUGUAUGCGAGGGGAGGGUGUAAUGGUCUUUACGGGAAGUCUUUCGUUACCCUUGCUAGGAACCUUCGUUCGUUGCACGGCCGGAGCCGGUACGCCGUUAAUCUCAUGGAGGUUGUAGCAGUGCUUCACGCGCGUGUGAGCGCGAUAGCGAGGAUGCUCGAAACGGAAGAAAGCGAGGAAGAGGCGGACGCGCUCGCGCCAUACAGGGAUGAGCUGGGGUUGGUGAAGGCGUACAGAGAUUUUUCCGCCCAUAUGCUCAAGAUAGCGGGGGAGGACGGACAAUUGGACGCGGUGAUGUCGCAGUACUCAGAGAAGAAGAAGUUUCUGGGAAUGAUCAAUACCAUGGGGUUCGACCGGUUUUCCUUCAUGGUAACGCUCGUCAAUGAGAUCGAGAAUGAUGCCAUCAACCACCGUACUCUAAAAGUGUUGGUCGACUCCGUACGUCAACAUAGAAGCAGUCGAGUAGCUGUUUGUAAAGUGGAGAUUUGGUUGACCGGGCAAAACCUUUGCGGUAUGAUCAGUUCGGCCGAGCACGACUACUUUUUCUGUGGAAUUAAGCCCCUUGUUUUCGGAGUCGCAGCCGAGGAACCAAAGGCCGAGGAGGACAUAGUACGGGAUUUUGAUUGGGUGUGUGCGUAG